GAUAUAGAAGAAUUAUUUAAUCAAAUGCAAGAAACUGGAUUAAAUGAUUUAGCACAAAAUAUUGAAGAAGUAGUUUCACCAAUUGCAGAACAGCAAGAAAAUAUGAUAGAUACAGAAACAAACCUAAGAAAAUGUGAAACAUGUUUUAUUUCCCUGGAAGCUGACAAUGAAAGUACAAAUUGCCUGAAUUGCCAACGUCAUGAUCAAAUACAGAAUGAACGACAUAAAUCAAGUGAAUGCCUCAAGAAACAAGCCAAAAAAAAUGAUGACUAUUUCGAAUAAGAAAUUUAGUCCACUAGAAGUUGGUACCACAGUUAACGUUUCAAUACCUGAUGUUGAUCGAGCACGUGGAUCACCACGGAAUCUAUUAGCAGUUAUCACCCAGGUUGAAGACGAUUUAUAUAAAUUAGGUACGGAAAACGGCAUUAUUAAUCAUAUGUAUACUCGGUCGCAGAUUGAUCCUUGCAAAGAAAAUUUCGUUGAUUUGGAAUCUGUAAAUACCGAAAAAGAAAUUACUUUGAGAGAAGCUUCAGGUUUUAAUAGUGUAACUGGAUCCCAAGGUUACAGAAGGUGCAAUUGCAAACUUAAGUGUAUAACAAACAAAUGCAUUUGUCGAUCAGCUGGAAUAUUGUGUAACUCAAAAUGUCACAACAGCAUGCCUUGCGAAAAUAAAUAA